AUGGAUUAAAAUGGUUUCUAAAGCAUCUCCGCGGGAUCAGGCCACACAAGACUGCUAAGUAGUUACAGCCCUCCCUCUCCCGUGGGCACAUGCUCUGAGUUGAGCUGGCAGAGCUAGGAAACACUCGGCACGUUUUCUUCUUCAAAACUCGAUUGGAGAGCCAAACAUUUCUUUCGGUUGGUUGCAAAAUAAAAAAUAGGCCUUUGCCAACUCUGCGGGAGAAGCAAACUCCCGGAGUUUGCCUUUGCUGAUUUGUCCAAGUCGUGCUGUGGUUUCACUAAAUGGCAGACGCCGCUCCACUCCAGCCCCAUAAACCUUUCUAGUCUUGGGCUUCUCAGCCCUCCCGUGAAAGCUCCCGCUCACCCCUGCGGUCACCACCUGUUAGGGCGGAACUGGCGGAGCGCGCACCUACGCCCCGGGCCCCUUUCCUCCCUGCUUACCCUUUCCUGCUGAGCACCCUGCUUUCCUCGCCCAGGCCGGGCUUGCAACGUUCCUCCCAGCCUGGCGCUCGCCCGGCUUGGCCGGCCCCCAACAGACGCUGCCUUACCCGCAGCGCCCCCGCCCGCGAGCUUCCCGCCGAGGGGCCAGGCGCCCUCACCCCUCGCCCGGGCCGGGGGCCGGGAGGGCGGCGAGUGGAGCGCACGCGCGCCCCCCGCCCCUCCCUGCAGGCGGCGCGACUCCCCCUGCAGUACCUCCCUCGCCGGGAGGGAGCCGGAGGGGCUCCCGGAGCCGUGCAGCAGACCUGCUCCCGUUGCGCGCCGCGCGGCUCUCCUCCGAGGGUGGCAGCAGCAGCCGCGGCCACCGCAGCUCCCUGGGGGAGCCGAGGAGGCGAGCGCGCCUCUCCUUCGCUCCCGGCACCCCAGCCUGGUCCCCGCGCGCAGCCGCACCGCCCCCCGGGCCUCGCCUCCGGACAUGGAUCUGCUCCUGGCGCUGGUGCUGGGGUCCUCGCUCUACCUGCCGGCGGCCGCUGAGUUCGACGGGAGGUGGCCCAGGCAAAUAGUGUCAUCAGUUGGCCUCUGUCGUUAUGGUGGGAGGAUUGACUGCUGCUGGGGCUGGGCUCGUCGGUCCUGGGGACAGUGUCAGCCUGUGUGCCAGCCACAGUGCAAACAUGGUGAAUGUAUUGGACCAAACAAGUGCAAGUGUCAUCCUGGAUAUGCUGGAAAAACCUGCAAUCAAGACGAACACUUCUACCCAACUCCUCUUGACCAAGGCAGUGAACAGCCUCUUUUCCAACCCCUGGAUCAUCAAGCCACAAGUGUACCUUCAAGGGACCUGAACGAGUGUGGCCUGAAGCCGCGGCCUUGCAAGCACAGGUGCAUGAACACCUAUGGCAGCUACAAGUGCUACUGUCUCAACGGAUACAUGCUUAUGCCGGACGGGUCCUGUUCAAGUGCCCUGACGUGCUCCAUGGCGAACUGUCAGUAUGGCUGUGAUGUUGUCAAAGGACAAAUCCGGUGCCAGUGCCCCUCUCCUGGCCUGCAGCUGGCUCCUGAUGGCAGGACCUGUGUGGAUAUUGAUGAAUGUGCUACUGGAAGAGCUUCCUGUCCUAGAUUUCGGCAGUGUGUCAACACUUUUGGAAGUUACAUCUGCAAGUGUCAUAAAGGUUUCGACCUCAUGUACAUUGGAGGCAAAUACCAAUGCCAUGAUAUAGAUGAGUGCUCCCUUGGUCAGUAUCAGUGCAGCAGCUUUGCUCGCUGUUUCAACAUACACGGGUCCUACAAGUGUAAAUGUAAAGAUGGCUACCACGGCGAUGGACUGAGUUGCGUGUAUAUUCCAAAAGUCAUGAUUGAACCUUCAGGUCCAAUUCAUGUACCACGGGGAAAUGGUACCAUUUUAAAGGGUGAUGGAGGACAAAGUAAUUGGAUUCCUGAUGUUGGAAGUACUAGGUGGCCUCUGAAGACACCAUAUAUUCCUCCUGUCAUUACCCACAGGCCCACUUCUAAGCCAGCAACAAGACCUACACCAAAGCCAACAAUAUGGGCUACCCCACCCCCACCCCCACCCCCACCCACAGAACUCAGAACACCUCCACCACCACCUACCCCAGAAAGACCAACCACCAGACUGACGACUGUAGCACCAGUUGCUACCACACCUCCAAGACGGAUUACAGUUGACAACAGGAUACAGACAGACCCUCAGAAACCCAGAGGAGAUGUGUUCAGUCUUAUGUCCAAGUAUUUAAUCUAUUUCAGGUAUCUGACAGUCUCGGCAGCCAAAGGCCCAGGGGGCAAAGCGGCUCGCUUGGUGCUACCUGUCAGCCACCUCAUGGAUGCAGGGGACCUGUGCCUGUCAUUUAGGCACAAGGUGACUGGGCUGCACUCUAGCACGCUCCAGGUGUUUCUGAGAAAACAUGGAGCCCACGGAGCAGCCCUGUGGGGAAGAAAUGGUGGCCAUGGCUGGAGGCAAACACAGAUCACCCUGCGAGGGGCUGACAUCAAGAGCGUAAUCUUCAAGGGUGAACAAAGGCGUGGUCACACUGGGGAGAUUGGAUUGGAUGAUGUGAGCUUGAGAAAAGGCCCCUGCUCUGAAGAACGCGAGCAACUCCACAACUAGCAAUGACCUCCCAUGUUGCUCCCUCUUCUUUUUCUAAUCUUCACCUCCUGUCUUCUCCCUUUCAGGCCUAGGAGAAGAGUGGGUCAGUGGGUCAGGAGGAAGUCGGGUUGUUGAUCCUCAUCUUGCUGGCCUGCUUUUGUGCAAUCCCAAUGGACAGUGAUAUUCUCCUUGAAAUAGAAGGGACAUCUGUAGACAUGUGCAAGCCACCUUUGGGUGUUACCUUCCAUGCUAUGUCCUUUUAGGAAGACCUUCAGCGUGUGUGACCUAUGCCAUCCUUCAUCCUGGUUAUAAGGUGUUCCUUAUAGCAAAUUAUGGGAGACGUUUUCAAAAGACAUCCAUGCAAAUGGCCAUUCUGUUAUCUGUUCAGUGUUGUACCACGAGUAGUAUUGACUUUCCCUGAGAUACGUUGUACAAUGUGCUUGUGAAAUUGGUUUCUCCUCUUCACUGUUAGUUCUGGACUGACCUGAAUUCUUUUACUGCCAUUCACUUUAUAAAAGAAGGGUGUGUAACAUAUCAAGAUGCAUUUAUUCUUGUUAUCUGUAUUUUUCUUUUAAAGACAAUUAUGUAGAGUGGGCACGUAAUUCCUCGUUAGUACUAUUGUGUUUUGUGUAAAUGUGCUAUUGAUAUUAAGUAGUUACGUGUUCCUAAUAUUUACAGACUCUAGUUGCAAGGGAAAAGGCAGCUUGUGAUCUCUUGACUAAAAAAUACACAGUGAAAUGUUAUCCAGUCUCCUGACCUUAUAUUUGUAAGAAGAGAAAUUUGGAAAACGUGUCAGGUUGUGGUAGGGGAGGGAUUAAUUUUUUUAAUGAUCUUGAGUUUGAUCCCUAUAAAUAAUAGUAAACCAUCCAGGUAGACAAGAAACUGCAGUUAACAUAUAAAACCCUCACUCUUUCUGGUUACACUUUAAAACCAACAGCUUUCUCCAAAACAACAUGGUCUCCCUGGAAAUCUGUAAGAAGCUUUCUAAAAGGUCUGGCUGUUUAAAAGGAAAGAUUCUGUUCAUGGAAGCAAGGUGACGAGAAGCAUGGGAGGAGCUACAUUGGAAUAGAUUUUCAUACUAAGUUUUCAGUCAGUAUAAAUUUAGGCAGGUCUAGCUCAUAACUUACAUGCUAUCAUGUCAGGAUGGGAUAGGAAGCAAGUCCCAUGCUUUGAAGCAUUGAACGUGUUGGAAGAGGAUUCACACACACACUAGAGCAACAGGACAAGACUGGAAUUCUAAGAUCUAGGAACCCUCAACUAAUACAUUUUCUCCCUGUAUAUUUUAACUUUAUAUAUAAAAAAAAUACAUAACUUUUAAAAGGCAACUUACUACUGAGGCUUUUCCUCAUUGCUGAUUAAGUAAUCAAAAUAUUUUCUGCUGUUUUUGCCAGGAAUCACAAAGAUGAUUAAAGGGUAGGAAAAAAAAAAGAUCUAUGAUGACAAAUUAAAGGAACUGGGAUUAUUCAGCCUGGAGAAGAGAAAACUGAGGGGUAAACCAUUGCUGGUUUUCAAGUAUAUGAAGCGUUGGUACAGAGAGGAUGGUGACCAGCUGUUCUCCGCAUGCACUAAGAAUAGAAUUAGAGGAAACAGGCUUAGCCUGGAGUAUGAGGGAACAUUUCCUGGCAGGGACAGUUGUUAAAUUAAAAUCCCUUAUAAAGAAGUGUGACUUUCUCUGUCUAUUUUUUUCUUUCUUUUUAAUUUUUUUUGUUGAGGCUUUUUAAAAAUUAGAUAAAAAAUUGUCUAUUUAAGAUAGUUAAAAGAUGUCCUUACCUCAAGGUAGAGUGACAGAUUACAGAAUCUCCCAAAAGAUGUUUUGAUCCUACUACUGUGUAAUGAAAAUCUCCAGAACUAAGUUAUUUGGACCAGGCCAGGGCCUAAUUUAGGCAUUUCCCUCUUCAGCUCCUAGUGGAGAGGAAUCAAAAGGGGAAAAGUCCACCAAUGCUAGGCUCACUAAAAAUGUCUCUCCCUUUAUGGCAAACCUAGCAGUAUUAAAACAAAAACAAAAAGGAAAAAAAAUACAUAUAUAUAUAUAUAUAUUUAUUCCUAAAAGAGUAUGAUGAACAGAUGUUUUAGUAUCUCAGUGUCCUAAUGUGGUGGGGUUUUUUUCUUGAUAAAAGUAUAACCUUUUCACUUGCUCAGUGGAUGAUAUUUCAGAUUUUUAAAGAGACCAUAGCAAAGAAUACAGUUUACAGAGAUUUUUAUCUGGUGCAUUCUCUCUGCAAUGUGCAUAACAACUUAACUCAGCUACUGAUAAUGAACGCCAUGCCCAACACAACUGCCAGGCCCGUUCCUUCACCUCAUUGCUAUAAUUCAGUUUCACCAUCAGUUGGAUGUCCCAACUUCCACAAAAUGGUAAUGUUUUUUGAACAACACAUAAAUAGUGUAUGUUUUGUUAUGUUACUUGGUGAAGGCAGGGCAAGAGGGGGAGUAUUAAUCAGUGCGCCUUUGAGUAGGGGCCAGAAAAUAUGGUCUUAGAGCCCUUUGUAAUAAUUCAUUUCCUUUUUGGUCAUAUAAACUGCACAAUUGAAGAGAAAAGGGGAAAGUGAUAGAAAAUUUCACUUUUAGGUGCCAAUAAUACAUUGCACUAAACUGAUGGAAGAAGUUAUCCAAAGUACUGUAUAACAUCUUGUUUAUUAUUUAAUGUUUUCUAAAGUGAAAAAUGUUAGUGGUUUUCCAAACAGCAAAACGAAAAUAAUUCUUUGUAAAUAAAAACACUGUUAAUAAUA